CGCUCGCGCGCCCCGCCGCCUCCACUCCGGGCCUCAAUCCCUCGGGUUCCCUCACAAACCGGCCGGAACGGCCCGCGCCGCCCCAGUUAUUACGCGCAUGCGCUCUGGCCGCUCCGAGCACCGCUCCGCCUAGUUUUGUUUCUUAAUUUUUUUUAAAAAAAAUCAAAGACUAAGCUGAAAGAUGGAACAGAAUAUAUCGGAGAAAAAACCAGCCAUCGCCCAGACUGCAGACUUCGAUGUAAUGGGUGCCUUAGACUGGAAAGACGGCAUUGCCACCUUGCCGGGUAGCAACAUACAAUUUCGUUUAACUGAGUUUGGGACACUGGAAAUAAUUACAGAAGUUGAAGCAAAGGCUACAAAAGCUCUCUCUGCAUCACCAAUAAAUACCAGUUCAGCCCUUAACUUGUCUACCUCUUCUGUGCCCAACACCAUAGCUGCCUGUGGUACUGAAGUGCCCAAGGACAAUAUUCCCAGAUCUGAACUCCAAACCUGUGAAAAUAACAGACGCCCUGGGAAAAUGGACUGCUUUGAGAAUUCCCGUCAGGAACCUAGAGAUAGAGUAUCUAAGGACAGCCCAGCUGACUUUGGGAAACAGACAAGUAGCAGCCAGAUUUAUGAAACAGACAGACCUUCCAAGCGCCUACGAAAAAAGAGGAAGUUGCUUUUGGAUUCUGAAGAUGAGGAAGAAAAUGCAGAUGAUGAUGAGGAAAAGAAUAAAUUGAAUUUGAAAAACCGCAAGAAUACUAAACCAGUAAAGCAAGUUACUCCUGGAAAGAAGCAUGUGUGGAACUGGCUGUCAUACUUAGAAGAAGAAAAAAUGGCACCUGCUCCACUGAAACUCUUCAAAGAGUCUCAGUCCUUUCCACAAAACAAAAAUGGAUUUAAAGUUGGAAUGAAGCUAGAGGGUCUAGAUCCUGAACACCCAUCCUUAUUUUGUGUUCUUUCUGUUGCCGAGGUGCAAGGGUACAGAGUGAGAUUGCAUUUCGAUGGUUAUUCUGAGUGUUAUGACAUCUGGGUUAAUGCGGAUUCUCCAGAAAUCCACCCUGUUGGAUGGUGUGAAAAAACAGGUCACAAGCUGCUUCCUCCUAAAGGUUACAAGGAAGGGGAAUUUAAUUGGACAUCAUAUUUGAAGAACUGCAAAGCUCAAGCUGCCCCCAAAGCUCUUUUCAGAGCCCUGAGCACACCAGUCACACCUUCUGGUUUUCGAGUGGGAAUGAAGUUGGAGGCUGUAGACAAAAAGAAUCCUUCCUUAAUGUGUGUAGCAACCAUUGCAGACAUGUUGGAUAAUCGGCUGCUAAUUCAUUUUGACAACUGGGAUGAAAGUUAUGACUACUGGUGUGAUGCUAGUAGCCCUUAUAUUCGACCUGUUGGUUACUGUCAAGAAACUGGAACUCCCCUUACAACACCAGCUGAAUACAAGGAUUUCAAAAGCUUCUCAUGGGAGAAAUACUUGGAGGAAACUGGUUCCCAGGCAGCCCCAGCAAGAGCUUUUAAACUGCGCCCAGCUCAUGGAUUCCAGCCUAACAUGAAACUAGAAGCUGUAGACAAGAGAAAUCCCAUGUUAAUUAGAGUGGCGACCAUAAUUGAAAAAGAUGACCAUCGUGUCAAGAUACACUUUGAUGGCUGGGACCACAGUUUUGAUUUCUGGGUUGAUGCUGACAGUCCAGACAUUCACCCCAUGGGCUGGUGUGCAAAAACUGGACAUGCCUUGCAACUCCCACCAGGGACUGCGGACCCAUCAGGGGCAGUAGGACAGGGAUGCCCUACUCCUGGUUGUCAGGGAUUGGGUCAUGUCAGGGGACCCAGAUAUGGAACGCAUUACACGUACGUGUGCCCAAGAGUUAUGGGAUUAGUUGGCUGCCCAUAUUCUGAAAUCAAUCGCAGCAGGGAGAGUUCUUUACAAGAUCGUCUUGGUGGAGAAAAACCUUCACCCAGCACUAGUGUUCAGAAGCCCAAGAAACCUGAGACUUCUGCAAGACUUACAGACCUUCAGGAAGACUCUCCACAGUCCAGUAGAAAAUCAUCCACACAAGAUGGGGAGAGAUCAGGACGGAGCAGUGUGCACAGUCUUUCUGAGCAGUCUGAGACCAGCCAAGAGAAGGACUCAGUGGAAGGGGAAUCGUCUGCUAUUACUAAAAUCAAAUCAAAAGGGAUUGGUUGCUCACGUAGCUAUAUACAGCUCCAGCUAGUGAAGCAGGAUGCUGAUGGAAGAGACACAGCAUUUGCUCUGCAGCAGGCCCUCCACCAGUCUGUCUUCAUGCCUUCCCUUUCUGCAAACCCUACCCACCGCCUCCAUCUCUGCUGGGAGCAACACUGCAAGCUGCUGCCGGAGGUCUCUGGCCUCACCGCCAAGAACGUGGCCAAAUGGAGUGUUGAAGAGGUGGCUGGAUUUGUCCAGCGUCUUCCUGGUUGCAAGGAUCAGGCUGCACUCUUCCGACAAGAGCAGAUCGAUGGUGAAGCCUUCCUUCUCCUGAACCAGUCAGACAUUGUUAAAAUUCUGAGUAUCAAGCUGGGACCAGCACUUAAAAUAUACAAUGCCAUCCUCAUGUUCAAGACUGCGGAAGAAGACUGAAGCAGCCCCUCCAGGACCAGUCUGAGCCAGGAGAUCAGAGCUGGGAAAGGCCUUCAAAGAACAACUCAGCAGCAGAGAUCCAUGUUACUGAAUACUGAGCAGGUCGGGACCUUGGAAAGGCAGUGGUCUAAUUGCAUUUCAGACUCUGGAACCUGCUGAAAGGAUCCCAAAGAAGUACAAUCCCUUCUGCCACUUGGAAUGGAUUUAGUGGCUUCCCUUCUAAGAAGAGAUUAUUAAUUGUUGUUUUUUUCCUAAUUGAAUAUGGGUAUGGUUAAAUUGAUCUUUUGUGAAGAUCUUGAUGAUGCCUCCAGUUAUAAGAGGAAUCCCGGGUAUUGCUAUUGGUGGGGAGCCAAACUGACUAACCUGUUGAUAGUGCCUAAAAGAGAAU